AUGCUGAAACUUUCCAGAUUAGAAAGAGAGUGUAUCUCCACAAACAAGCACAUGAAUGAGAAGAUUGAGGAGAAGAAGAAGAUAAUUAAAGACCUCUCUGAGAAACUAGGAAGUAAUGAAAAAACCCACAGAGAGUUGCAGGAGGAACUUGCAAUGGCCAAGAAACACCAGGUCUUUCUAACAGAGACGUAUGAAAGCAACAUGAGAGAGCUGGAGCUACUCUUGGACAGCUUUGCUAUGUCAGGCCAGCGGACAGCAGGCACUUGUAAGGACAAAGAUAAACCUUCGAGCCUCGCUGUCCUUGAGACUUUGAGGUGUACCUUGACAGCUUACCAGAACAAGCUGGAAGAUACGUCUAAUGAGCUUGGGAAGUUAGAGGCUUUGUGUGAAAAGAUGACUAAAGAACUUGAGAUAUCCAAAGACAAAAUGUGUGCUUUAAGUGAAGACCUUAAGGAAGCUCAGGAUAAUCUAACUGAUGCCAAUAAAGAGUUAAAUCAUCUGCACACUAAGUGUGCAGACAGAGAGACUUUAAUAGGAACUUUAAAAAUUGAACUACUGAAUGUACGGCAAUGCUGGGAGAAGGAGAAAGUACGUGUCACAGAAUCUGAAAAUGAAAUCCAGAAGCUUACCAGGGCUUACCAGAAGGAUAUGGAGGAGAAGCUAACCUUCCUCCAUAGCUUAUAUCAGCGUUUGGUAGCAGGCUGUGUGCUUAUAAAACAACCAGAAGGCAUCCUAGAUAGAUUCUCUUGGUCUGAGCUUUGUGCAGUCUUGCAGGAGAAUGUUGAUGCCCUUAUCUUAGACCUCAACGGGGCUAAUGAGAAGAUAUCUCACCUAGAAUGUAUUUGUAAGAGCAAGUCCGAUACCGUGAAGGAGCUUCAGCAGAGCCAGGAAGAUGCUUUUAGCGAAAUGGCUGAACAGAUGAAAGCACAGGAAAGCUGUUGGCAGAAACAAAAAACAUAUCUGGAACAGCAGUACUCUGGUCUCCUUGGGGAAGUUCAUGCAAGGGCACAGGAAUACCAAAGAAUAGCAGAGAAAAACAAGGAAAAAAUUUAUGUCCUUGAAAGAAGACGGGAUAAAUUGGCCCUUGAAAAUGUUUCUGUGAAAAAUAUGUUAACACAGGUUCAGAAAGAGCAUUCAUCUCUCCUGGCAGCCUGUGCACUACUGGCAGGUGCCCUGUAUCCUCUCUAUGGCCGAUCAUGUGCUAUGUCUUCCCAAAGGGACCUUCUCCAGGAUCAGGUCAACAUUUAUGAAUUAGUGAACCAGGAGAUUAGGAACCUAGUUCAUGCACUCUCUGAUGUAGAGGAAGACAGUGAAGAUGACGCAAAACUGAAGAAAAGAAAGCUCAAAGGCUUGAUUCAUGUAUUUCGAAGAGGUGUGAUUGCAGUUUUGGCAGCUAACAGAUUUAAAGUUUUAGCCCAGUCUUCUAGUUCCCUCUUCUCCUGGAUAGAUGGCUUCAAAGAGGGCAUUGGAAUUCUAGUUUGUAUAGGAGAAUCCAAAGGCAAGCAUAAUGCGUCAAGUCGUGAAGAGGAGCAAAUUCACUGUGUUGAAGCAUUCAGCUGGUUUACUAGUUCUAACCUCCUUGCUGCAAUAAUAAGUUCUGUCACUGAAUUACAGGAUGUUGUUAACACAACAGAUCCAAAGCCCUGGCUUUCUGAACACUUACUUGUAAAUGCAGCCAGGAACUCCUUUUCAAAACUUAUGGACAAGCUGAAUGUAAUAAUGGAGACUGUUCCAUUAGACAGCAGAAGGAGCAUUACUUACCUGGAGAAAAACUCCUUGGUACAGAGACUGGCUCAUGGACUUCAUAAAAUAAAUACUCAGGCCCUGGAAGCUGGAUUGUGUGACAGACUACCCAUUAUGAAAAGUAUAGCAUCCUUGCAAAAGCAGAUAUUUGAAUUUACACAAAGACUUCAUACAGCAGAAGUGGAACGCCGUUCACUGCGCCUAAAACUUGCAGAAUUUAAAUGGAAUUUCAGUGAGAUGAAAAAAGAAGCUGAAAAAGUCCAGAGCCUGCAAAAGCAAUUAAAUAUGUUUAAGCAAUCUAAAUUGAUCACCCAUGAGAAGUUUGAAAGCGCAUGUGAAGAAUUAAAUAAUGCAUUACAUCGGGAGCAUCAGGCACAAGUGCUUUUGAAUGAACAAGCACAACAGCUACAGGAGUUAAAUAAUAAACUAGAAUUGCACUCCAGUGAAGAAGCAGAUAAAAACCAAGUCUUAAGCGAAACUGUAAAGAGACUCUCUGAGGCAAAGAUGGAGCUGAGAAGAAAAGAUCAAUCUCUGCGUCAGCUCAAUAGACUUCUUACCCAGCUGGAGCAGGACAAGCGUCGACUGAAAGAGAGCAUCCAUGAUGCAGAGAGUGCCCUCUGCAUGGCAGCGAAAGACAAAGAAUUGAUUAUUAGUCACAUGAAAUCUGUGGAAGCCACUCUUCGUAAGGUCAGAGAUCAGACCUUGCUGUCACGGACUGCGGCAACCAGGAAUGACUUCACCCUGCAGCUACCCAAACUGCACCUAGAGACCUUUGCAGUGGAAGGGCUGAAGGGCAGGCCAGAGGUUGUGGCAUUUCAGGCCAUGGUUAAAAGUUUUAUGGAUGUCUACCAGCUUGCAAGUUCCAGAAUUGACAUGUUACUGAGAGAACCAGCAUCUCAUCAGCUUCACACUGCAGCCCCAAAGUCCAAGAUCGAAACAGCUUGUCUUCAUGAAAAUGAGAACCUGCAAUUG